AUGAAUUCUCUCUUGGCUCGUGAUCGACAAGGUUAUAAUUGUAUGGAAUUAGCUAUUCAAGCUAACAAUAUUCCAUUUGUCAAACGUCUCUUUGAAUGCAAAACUAAUCAAUGGAAAAAAUUGAUGCGUAAUGCUCAAUUAAGUCAAAACGAUAAAUAUGUUGAUACUCCUAUGCGAAAAUUAGUCCGCUGCAUGCCCGAAAUAGCAUAUCAAGCACUCGACAAAUGUAAAAUGGAAACUAAUUUUCCAAAUGAAUAUGAUCAAUCAUUAUGUGAAAAACAGUUCGAUUUUGAAUUUCUCGAAGAUCAUUGUCAUAUUAAAAAAUGGCAAUCCGGUAAAUCACGUAAUUUUCAGAAAAAGCAAAAGAAGAUCAGUAAGAGAAAUUGUUUUAAUUGUUCGGGUGAGUUACAUUUUGUUUGUGACGAGUUACCCAGAGGAUCGGAUGAUGACUUCGGAGAACCAUACUCUGAUGAUGCAUAUGUUCUUGUCAAAAAUCAUGUUCUUUCAAUAAUUGCUGAGCAGGCUAGAGAUAGUGAUAAAACAGAUGAUACUAUUGUGAAACUUCAAACAAAAUUACUUCGACAUCCAACAUGUCAAAAGUUAAUGAAUCAAAAAUGGCAUCACUUUGGAGUUCCAAUCUUUGCAACCUGUUUUAUCGCCUAUGUACUAUAUUUAGCUCUCUUUACUUGGACUGUUCUUCGUCACACUGAUCCAUAUCAAUUCUACAAUGCCACUGGUGUUCCUUUUUCAAAUGAUAGAGCAUGUGAAAAAGUGGCACAGUUAAUCCGAAAUGGAACAUACAAUAUGACACAAAAGCCUAGUUGGGAGCAAGUUCCCUUCAGUAAUGUCGGUUUUGCUUGGAUGCGUACAGGUUAG